AAUCAAUCCAUGCUACAAUUCUCUCUGAUGGGUUUUCCCCAGACACCUUUCUACAAACGAAAAUCCUUAUGCUUUAUGCUAGAUCAGGUGACUUAUCAGAUUGGUGUAUCGCACGUAAACUGUUUGAUGAAAUGCCGAAUGCAGGAGGAAGGGAAUUGUCCGGAUAAAUUUACUUUCCCUAGUGUUGUUAAGGCAUAUGUGAAGUUAGAAGAUUUUGAUGGUCUUAGACAGGUUCAUUGUUCAGUUAUUAAGUGUGGGUUGAAUCAGAAUUUGGUUGUUGGUGGGUCUUUGGUUGAUGGGUAUGUUACCUUCGAUUCGAUGGAUGAUGCAGUAAUUUCCUUUGAUGAGAUUGAAUGCAAGAAUGUUGUUAGUUGGAAUUCAGUAAUUCGUGGACUUGUAAGGGCGACUAGAUGGGAAGAAGCAUGGGAAACUUUUAAUCGGAUGAUUAAUCUUGGGGAGAGUCCUGAUCAUUUCAGCUUUGCAACAGCUGUUAGGAUUUGUGGUGCUUUGAGAUCAUUGGAUAGGGGAAAGCAAGUUCAUGCUAAAUUGAUAGUAUGUGGAUUUGAAGGUGAUGUUUUUGUAGGGAAUUCUCUUAUCGAUAUGUACGCAAAAUGCUGGGAUUCAGAGAGUUGUUCGAAAGUGUUUGAUCAGAUGAAAGAAAAGGAUCAAGUUACUUGGAACUCAAUGAUAUCUGGAUUAGUUCAAUUUUCAAAUUUUACUAAGGCACUAAAACUGUUUUCGAAAAUGCAGACAUUGGCUUUUAGUAUUGACCGAUUCAACCUAGGAAGUGCUAUUAGUGCUUGUUCUGGUUUAGCGGAUGUGAAAACAGGUCGAGAAUUUCAUGGGUAUUUAGUUAAGAAUUUCUUGGAUUCUGAUGUUAUUUUUGGGAGUGCUUUAGUAGAUAUGUAUUCAAAAUGUGGGUUUCUGGAAAAGGCACAUCGAGCUUUUGAGAGGUUGGCAGAGAGAAAUGAAGUUUCUUGGAAUUCUCUGAUAUCUGGAUAUGCACAGGACGGGAGUUUAGAUGCAUUUGAGAUUUACCAUGAAAUGAAACUGGCAAAGGAUGUUAGUCCUGAUAGCUUCACAUUUACUAACCUUCUAAAUCUAUGUUCCAUUCAUGGGAGUUUAGAUCAAGGCAAGCAAAUUCAUGCCCAUCUGAUUAGAACAGUUGGUAUGAAUCAUCUAAUUGUUGAAACCGAGUUAGUCCACAUGUAUGCGAAGUGUGGAGAAUUGAACUAUGCUGAUCAGAUUUUUAAUGGAAUGGCUGAGAGGAAUUCAUACUCAUGGAAUUCACUGAUCGAGGGUUAUGAGCAAAACGAUGAACCUGAAAGAGCAUUGCAAAUCUUCAGGCGUAUGCAGGUUUCAGGAAUUAAACCUGAUUGUUUCUCUUUAACUAGCACAAUUUCAGCAUGCAGAAAGCUUUCCAACAUUAAGAACGGAAAGGAACUUCAUGGAUUUGUAGUAAGAAAUAACCUUGAGAGUCAAGGGAUACUACGUUGUGUACUUGUUGAUAUGUAUGCUACCUGUGGAUUCAUGGAUUGUGCAUGUAGAGUUUACAAUCAAACAAGUGAGAAAGAUGUGAACAUCCAAAAUGUCAUGCUUUCAUCAUUUAUUGGCUGUGGCAGAGUUGAUGAUGCAAAAUGGGUAUUUGAUCAGAUGGAGGAGAGAAACACAAUCUCAUGGAAUUCUAUUCUCACAGGGUUCACAAAUAGUGAAUCAAAAGAUGAGGCCUUCAAACUAUUUAGGAGAAUGCAAGAAGAGCACAUAGAGUCCGAUUCUUCAACACUGGUAACCUUAUUCAACUUCUGUGCAAACCUACCAGCUCUUGCUCAAGGGGAACAACUUCACUCUCAUGCAAUCAAGAAGGGCCUUUUUGUAUAUAAUUCAGUAGUUGUGGAUAGCUCACUUGUUGAUAUGUACGCGAAAGGUGGGUCCAUUGAACGCGCAAGAAGAAUCUUCGAUAAUAUGACAGAUAGAAAUGUCAUAUCAUGGAAUGCCAUGAUCAAUGGGUAUGCAAAACAUGGAAUGACCGCAGAGGUGCUCAAACUCUAUGAAUUAAUGCAAACUGAAGGGGUAUAUCCGAAUGACAGUACUUUCCUUUCAGUUCUUUCAGCUUGUAGCCAUACUGGAAUGAUUCAUGAAGGUCUGGAAGUCUUCAUCUCCAUGUUAGAGGAUUUUAAAAUUGUUGCUAAGGCAGAACAUUAUACUUGCAUGGUUGAUCUCCUUGGUCGUGUGGGACUGUUAGACGAAGCUAAGGAAGUUAUCGAGAAAAUGCCGGUUGAGCCAGAAAUUUCUACAUGGGGAGCAUUACUAGGAGCUUGUAAACUUCACCAGAAUAUCGAAUUGGGAAAGCUUGCAGCUGAUAAGUUAUUUGAGAUGGAUCCGCAAAAUCCAGGACAUUACGUAUUACUUUCGAAUAUUUAUGCAGUUGCAGGGAGAUGGAAAGAGGUUGAGGAAGUAAGGAAUUUGAUGAGAUCAAGAGGAGUUGUAAAGGAGCCUGGGGUUAGUUGGAUUGACAUUAAUAAUGAAACUCAAACUUUUCAUGCAGGAGAUAAAUCGCAUCCAAAACACAAAGAGAUUUAUGAUACUUUAAGGAGUUUGUUGCCGCGAAUGAAGAGAUUAGGGUAUGUACCAGAUGCCAAAUUUGUUCUGCGAAAUGUUGAAGAUGGCGAAGACGAAGGAGAGUCUUUGCUUCAACAUAGUGAAAGACUGGCAAUUGGUUCGGGUCUUAUCAGCUUGUCCAAAAACUCAGUAAUUCGAGUUUUUAAGAAUCUUAGAAUAUGUGGAGAUUGUCAUACAGCAUCAAAGUUCAUUUCCAAGAUCACUGGCCGUAAGAUUAUUAUCAGGGACACAAAUCGGUUUCACCAUUUCGAAAAUGGAGUUUGUUCUUGUGGAGAUUUCUGGUAAAAGGUGAAUUCAAUGUCAUGAAACAUCUUGUGUAAAAAAUAACAACCAUUGUUCAGGAUAACAGACAUGUAUUGAUGAGAAAGGAACAUAAAAACUUUUCUUACAACUCAUAAUUCAGAACAAUAAAAUCGAAUGU